AUGGGUCAAUAGCAGUCAAUUUAAAAAAAUUUCUUUUGGCCUAGCAAAGGUGAAAUUGAAGUUUGGACUGUCCAAUAGUUAAAAAUCCUUUCAGAAGCAGAUUCAAGAUUAUCAGAAUAACAGAAUGAGUCUUAGGUCCAACAUCCGGUUUAAUACUCGUUAACUUGGAUAACCAAAUCUAAUUAAAUUUUAUUUACAGUCACUAGAAAAUCUGAUAAUGGUAAAGUGAAAUUUAUUGUCGAUUAAGGAACUGGGAAACUAAUAAAAACUGAAUACAUUCAACUUGAAAAGGAUGAGAUUUCAAUUUUCGAUGAAUUGUCGCCUUAAACUAUGUGGAAAUGUUGGGUUGAGAUCUGGCAAAGUUAACCAAAAAAGAAUGAUUAUAUACUCAACAAAUUGGAGAGCUAAGAAAAUGCCCAAUCUGAAUGUCUCAAAGGCUCUGUGUUCAACCCAAUAGUGAAAUUAUAUCGAGAACGAAAGGAAUAAGUGCAAUUCAUAACCAGACAAUUGUUUUAUACCAAUUAAAAUGAUAAUGCUAAAUCAAGCAAAUACAAAAUAAAUAUGUAAUUCUGUAAAUCAUAAAUUUGGAUGUUUAAUUGGGAUCUUAAAGAGAAGGUAGUUCCUUAACCCUGCUUUUUGGAACUACAAGAUAAAUUAUAAUCAGACUCUUUAUCAUUUUAUCAAUAUACUUUAAAUUGA